AUGUCGCAGAACAGGCCUUCAGCCUUUUCGGGCCUACGCAUGGGCGAGGUGAUACGCGAGAAAGUCCAAGAUGGCCUGACAGGAGAGACAAAGGAGAUGCAAUACACUCAGUGCAAGAUUGUGGGCAAUGGGUCCUUUGGCGUGGUGUUCCAGACCAAGCUCUCGCCGUCGGGAGAAGAUGCGGCCAUCAAGCGUGUUUUGCAAGACAAGCGCUUCAAGAACCGCGAACUGCAAAUCAUGCGCAUCGUCCGUCACCCGAACAUCGUGGAAUUGAAAGCGUUCUAUUACAGCAAUGGAGACAGGAAAGAUGAGGUGUAUUUGAACCUGGUGCUGGAAUACGUGCCGGAAACCGUAUACCGUGCCUCCCGACACUUCAACAAGCUGAAGACGACCAUGCCGAUUCUCGAAGUCAAGCUGUACAUCUACCAGCUGUUUCGCUCGCUCGCCUACAUUCACUCACAGGGCAUCUGCCACAGGGAUAUCAAACCCCAAAAUCUCCUCCUCGACCCAGCAACCGGCGUCCUGAAGCUGUGCGAUUUCGGUAGCGCGAAGAUUCUGGUGGAGAACGAGCCGAAUGUGUCUUAUAUCUGCUCGCGGUACUACCGUGCUCCGGAGCUCAUUUUCGGCGCUACUAACUAUACGACGAAAAUUGAUGUCUGGUCCACUGGCUGCGUCAUGGCUGAGUUGAUGCUCGGUCAACCUCUGUUUCCUGGAGAGUCCGGCAUUGAUCAGCUUGUCGAGAUCAUCAAAGUCCUUGGCACGCCGACCCGUGACCAGAUCCGCACCAUGAACCCGAACUACAUGGAGCACAAGUUCCCACAGAUCAAGCCGCAUCCGUUCAGCAAGGUAUUCCGUAAGGCCGAUGCCAACGCUAUUGAUCUGAUCGCAAGAUUGCUUGAGUACACUCCUACCUCUCGCUUGUCCGCGGUGGAGGCCAUGGUACAUCCAUUCUUCGACGAGAUUCGUGACCCAAGCACCCGCCUGCCCGACUCUCGCCACUCGAGCGGUGCGUCAAGAGAUCUCCCGGUCCUCUUCGACUUCACUCAUCACGAGCUGUCGAUCGCACCCCAGCUGAAUGAGAAGCUGGUCCCAGCCCACAUUCGACCGAUCUUGGUCUCCAAGGGACUCGAUAUCGACAAUCUGACGCCUUUGACACGCGAUCAGAUGAUGGCUCGUUUGGAUUGA